AUGGACGAGGAGGAGCAUGAGGUUUACGGAGGAGAGAUCCCAGACGUCGGAGAGAUGGAAGGAGACGUCGACAUGCCCGCCGCCGACGAUGAUGCCAGCGGUAUGAAGGAGCUCGACGAGAUGAGGCGGCGCUUGAAAGAAAUGGAAGAUGAAGCCGCCGCUCUUCGCGAUAUGCAUGCCAAGGUCGAGAAGGAGAUCGGUUCGACUCCAGAUCCUGCUGCUGCAGCUGGUUCUCAGGAUAACAAGGAGGAGGCAGAUGCUCGUUCUGUUUUUGUUGGCAAUGUUGAUUAUGCAUGCACUCCAGAGGAAGUGCAGCAACACUUUCAGUCAUGUGGUACAGUGAACAGGGUCACUAUCCUGACAGACAAGUUUGGUCAGCCUAAAGGUUUUGCCUAUGUGGAAUUUGUUGAAACUGAAGCUGUUCAAGAAGCUAUCCUGUUGACUGAAACUGAAUUACAUGGCCGACAAUUGAAAGUUCUGCCUAAGAGGACCAAUGUUCCUGGAAUGAAACAAUACCGUCCUAGGCGAUUCAAUCCUUACAUGGCGUACGGCUUCAGGAGGCCUUAUACUCCUCCUCACAUGUACUCCCCUUACGGAUAUGGGAAGGCUCCUAGGUUUAGAAGGCCAAAUCGUUACAUGCCAUACUAUUAG